AUUUAGCGGGUGACCCCAAAACUCGUAUCUCGGUCUCAUAUCAAGGACACACAUCCACAACUCUUUCCCCGUAAAAGCAAAGCUCUCGGCCGUGAGUCAUCCGCGAGACAAGCCCAUACCCAUACCCAUACCCAUAACCAGAGACGAAACCGAGUAAAAGUGGAGCAGCAGCAGUAAUAAGAAAUCUAAGUAGAAGAAAGAGCAGAAGACACGGCCAGAAGAGCCGCAGCUACAUAAAAGUGAAUAAGAAACUGUCAUGCUUUCGUUGGCACCCAUCCGGAGCUCAUGCCAAUGGAGAUUUAACAGUCCACAAAUUGUGUUAAGUGCCUUAACACCCACCAGUAAUCUUAUCUACUCCAAAUAGUGAACAGUGAACAGUGACAAUGAAUCUGCUGGUGUGGCUCCUAGUGCUGCUCCUGCUAUCCUGCCACAUCGGCCACGGCCAGGCCAAUAUCCUCAACACGUUGCUGGGCGUGCCCGCGGAGUGUGUGCACCAGAGCGGUAUAUGGCCCUGCAAGUUGAGCUUCUCCUGCUGGCUGCAGGGCGGCAAGCAUGCCAAGGGCUGUGGCAGCAACAAGUGGCUCUUCAGCUGCUGCAUCGCCGCCGAUCCCCAGCAUCCGCAUCUAUCCCAGUCGCAGCUGCCGCAUCCGCACCCGUCGUCUUUGGCGAAUCUCAUCGAUUAUGGCCAGCUCAAGAUGAGUCUGCAGAGUCUGCCCAAGCGUAUCAUGUUGCGGCGUCGCGACGACAAUGAGCUGCUCAACGUUCAGCCCGAGUGUGGGGUGCCACGAACUGCUCAGAACACGCUACAGAAGCGUAUCAUCGGAGGCCGGCCGGCACAGUUCGCCGAGUAUCCGUGGCAGGCGCACAUCCGCAUAGCCGAGUACCAGUGCGGCGGGGUGCUAAUCUCGGCGAACAUGGUGGCCACGGCUGCCCAUUGCAUACAGCAGGCGCAGCUGCCGGAUAUCACCGUGUAUCUGGGGGAGCUGGAUACCCAGGAUCUGGGCCACAUAAACGAGCCGCUGCCAGUGCAGAAGCACAGCGUAGUGCAAAAGAUUAUCCAUCCGCGCUUUAACUUUCGCAUGACGCAGCCAGACCGCUACGAUCUGGCUUUGCUGAAGCUGGCCCACCCCACGGCCUUCAGCGAGCACAUCCUGCCCAUUUGCCUGCCCCAUUAUCCCAUCCGGUUGAUCGGACGCAAGGGCCUCAUCGCCGGCUGGGGUAAGACCGAGGCACAUUUGGGGCAUGCGGGCACCAACAUGCUGCAGGUGGCCAGCGUCCCCAUCAUUACCACCUUCGACUGCAUUCGCUGGCACGAGAGCAAGCAAAUAAAUGUGGAAAUCAAGGCGGAAAUGUUCUGUGCCGGACACUCGGAUGGCCACAUGGAUGCCUGUCUGGGCGAUUCCGGAGGUCCACUGGUGAUCAAGGAUCGCGGACGAUUUGUACUCGUCGGCAUCACUAGCGCCGGCUUCGGCUGUGGCGUCGAUCACCAGCCAGGCAUAUACCACAAUGUUCAGAAGACUGUGAGGUGGAUACAGGAUGUGGUGACACGCAACGAAUUGUAGCGAAAGCGCCUGGACUUAGCCCGCGACAAAUCUCAUUAGUUUAUGGCUCGUAGCAUUAGGCAGUGGAUAUGUGCAAUCCAAAUAUGCCAAACCACA